UAACUAAGUAAAGUUUGUAAGAUAUGUUUUGAUUUGAAGAGUAACAGAAUAUCAAUGGGAAAUAAUUUGUUUAUAGAAUAAUUGUGUUGAUGGAAGUCCAGUUCUGGUACAUGUAUAUGUGUACAUGUGCAAGUGUCCUUUGCAGAUAUACUUUUUGAUACAUGGUAAAGCUUAAAGGACCAUUUUACUUUAACCUUCUUGUUUAUUGAUUUGUUGCUAUUGGAAAAUAGAACAACUUAGUCACCUGUAAGGAUUAAGAUGUAAAUAAGAUUAAUAGAUUUGUUGACAGAAAAGAUGUUUGUUUACUUCUUAAAACAUUGGUAUCAUCGACUUUGUCCUCAUAUUUUUACCUUUCCAGUGGGUUCUUUUGACAAACUAUUGACAUAAUUUUACACCCUUUGUGUAAUCAAAACUAGUACUACAUUAACUGUACACAGCUAAAAUAAUGUAAAUAAGUAUCAGCAUUUUAUAAUUCCUUGAAACACAAUGAAAAAAUGGCACCUUCUGUAAUUUAAUUUACUAGCAUUAAUUAGAUUAACAGAGGUACUACUUGUAAAAACAUGUCACCUGCAGUGACAAGAAUGUGUAUAAACAUGUAAUUAUAUAAGGCCAUUAUGGUUCAAUCACUGAUAUAGAUGUCAACAUGUAUAUAAAGUUCCUCUAGUUAUCUAUAACUACACACACCAUUGCAUAUAGGGAUCUAUCAUUAAGACAUAAAGAGGAAAAGUAUGGGAUGUACAAAAACACCACCUCCAAUUAAGCCGUUAAAGUUUCGUCCUCAAAAGACCUGGUCACAACUAAAAUCAGAAAAGGAGAAAGAAAAGAUGGUGAUGUCUCCCAAGAUGCCUAGACUGAACAGGGAACCAGUCUACAUCAGCAGUGAAUCAGAAAAUGAAGAGGAAGAAGAAGAACUUCCAGAUUUAGACGAUUAUUCUGAAGUCAUUAAUAUAUCUGACGAUGAAAUGGGCGAAUCGUCAGGGAAAAAAUCAGUGUCAAGCUUAAACUGCACUUCUUUAGAUUCUGACAAUGAAAGUAAGACUAGUAUGGAUAGAUCAAGUUACUGUAUAAGUACAGAUGAGGAUGAAGAAGGAACAACUGUUGUUACGGUCCAGAUUGUAUCUUGUUCAGAGGACACUGAUGAUACAACAUAUUCUUCACCAAAAUGUAAGAGAAGAAAAAUGUCUCAGUAUUUGCCAGACAGAUCAGUAAGUGAUUGUACUGACAAUAAAACAGAAGAUGAUUGUGACCUUGAAAUAAUAAGUGACGAAAUUGAAAAAGAGAAUAAAACUGCAGUUGUUCAAAAAAUUUGGACUGAUGAAAGUAAGACAAAACUAGCAAAUUUCUUGAAUGGUGUAAAAACAUUGACUUUAAAAAAUAAGUUUGCACUACAAGACCAGAAAGAAUCAGAUUUAAAAGAAACGGGAGAAAACUCUAAAUCAAUAUUGAGAGAGAUUUCUAAUUCUCCGACUAGUUCUCGUCACUUUACAGACUUACUGAAGGUUGAUGAUUCAGAAGAUUCAGAAACUGAAUAUGUUCAAGUGAAGAAGAGAAGACGCAAAAAUAAAAUGAGAAAAAUUGUUAAAAAGGAAGAUUCUGAUUGCGGACAAAUUACAAGUUAUUUUAGCAGUGUAAAAAAGGAAAUUCACAAAAAGUGCUUCUGGCAGAGACAUAAAUCUAACAUUGUAAAUUCCAGACUGGACAAUGAUUUAGAAAAUGCCUUAGUGGGUGCUUUUUCCCAGUUUCACAUAAACACUGUUGAAGGAUGUUGGGAAGAUGAACAAAAUCCCAGCUUCAUGCGACAUGGGUUGAAGUUUUUGAAGAACUUUUCCCAAAGCUAUACACCCCCUCCCGAACUCUUAGAGAGAGUAAUUGUCCAGGGAAUUAUAAUAAACAGUAAUUCACCAGAACUUUUAAAAGAGUCAGUUGACUGCUUAAUGCUUGUGUUUGACAAAUACCCUGAAAUGUUACACAUUGACUUCAAACAUUUGCAGGAUUCCCUGGAAUGUCUAAACUUCGGAAAAAGUUUUUCUGAUCAAAGCCAUUUAUUAGUUAGAAAGACAGUUUACCUUCUUAAGCUUGUUAUUUUGUUUUAUGAAUAUGAACUCACGACAAGAAACGUUAGUGAUCCAAAGGCGAUGAGAAAGACGGCUAGUUACAAAGCAUUAUCUUAUGAUUGUGGAUUUAACAAUGUGAAGGAACUUAUUGUCAAUUAUAUUGUGCCCUUGCUUCACCAUGAACAAACAUUUCAGAAUGAAAUUCCAGAAAUUCUACCACUUCUUCAAAAACUUUUACAAAUUAGUGUAGAGGUCAGUUCAAAUUGUAACGCUGCAGCGAGGGCUAUAGCUCUUGAAUUAAGCAAACCAUAUUGUUAUUUACCAACCAUUGAUCAUAAAAAACUGUACAUACAGACGUUGGAAUCAACCUUGUUACGAUAUUACCUAGUGACUGUGGUCUUAGAAAGACAGUGUGAGAACACUGCGCCAUGUUAUGAUUUUCCUUGCCGAUUUCAGGAUGUGUUCAACUGUUUCUUUCAAGCGUAUCCACCAACAAACAUAUCAACGCCACCAACUACACCACAGUCAGAAGAUGAUUCAAUGGAUGGUUAUAACCCUAAUAGUACUGCUGGUUAUCCUGCAAUUAAUGUGGAGGAACUACUGAUGUUACUAUUUGAAGUCUUACAGUGCUAUGUUCAAUGUGAACAAGAUAAGUCUAUCGCCACCCUCAGAAGAAGAGCAUACAUGAAAAAAGAGGAUUUUACCAUGCAGCUGUCAGACAAAGACAAAGACCUGAUUUUACAGGGAAUUGAAGAAUUACGUGGCCGUGUAUUGACUCUGACACCAGACUUGACACCAGUGUCAGAAAAAUAUUUACAGCUAAUGUUAUGUGUGGUUGAUUGGCAGAAAUGUAUGAAUUAAAAAACUGCACAAAUUUCCCUGAAAUAAGAUACCAGUGUUCAGCAUGUACACUUAACUUUGCUCAAACUUGAUGUUUUUUACUAGCUGUGAAUUUAUAUUUACAAACAUACUUAUGUACAUCAAAUGUAUAUAUUUCUACUUUUAUAGUGCUAGAUAUGUCAGAAAUGUCAAAUAGUAAUUUCGUUGCUGAAAUUUCUCUGCAAAACUAUACAUGUAUGUCUUAUGUUUUAACAUAUUAAUACAUUUUCUCCCACAAUACUUAUCAGAUGACAAUAGACCAUUUUUUUCACUCUUUUUGAAAUUUUUUGAACUUUUGAAACUGAAUUAUCUAAAAUUAUAUCUUUAAUAAUGAAAAGAGUAAAAUAUAGAGAUGGAUGUCAGAGUUGGAAAGUAAAUAUAUGUUGUGUACAAUGUAGCUUCAAUAUAUAUUUAUAUAUUAUUGUUGAGGAGAUUAAUUUUCUCACUUAUGCUGGUACGGUGAUAAGUGAGAAAAGCAAAUUAGUCAAGAUGACCAAUAAAUAGCAAUGAUAAUCUGAAUAUCUGUAAUUUACUUAUGUCAACAUGGUUAAUUUCAUGGACAACAGCAUGUGCUUCUUAGUUUCUAGCAUUUUUUCCAUAUCACUCAACUUUCCUAAGAAAGAAAUUUAUCAGUCAGUAAUAUCAAAGCAAAAUUUGGUAAAAUAAGGAAAAGAAUAUUCUGAUAUUUUUGUAUAAUCUUCAUAAGCUUGGGGGUUAAUAUCAUAAAUCAAUGUGUCAUUUGGUCAAUAAAUGUUUGGGGCUUUUCAAUUUUUGUUUGUAUAAUAGUUUAUGCAAUGUUUUACCAUUUUUUUAACAAUAUUUUAACAACAAAGAUGUUGAGACUAGUUGACCUAAAUGUUGAAGUCAGUGGAAGCUCUCGUUAAGUUUACUUGUAUGGUGAAGAAGGGUGCUUCUUGAAUUUAAAAUCCUCAUUUAUUUAUGUUUUUAUGUAUUUUUCACAAUAUCAUCACAGACAAUCAAUCAAUUUACUUUUUAUUUUUAAUUAUAAUGUAUGCAUACUUACAUGUAUAUAUAUCAGGUAUAUUCAUUAUGGAAUCUUACAUUGUUUAAGUGCUUUUAUUGGUCCCACAAGCAUUAGACAUUGCAGGAGGAUAUUAACCUCACUAUAUAUGAAAACCAUACAUUCAUUUAAUAUACAAGUCCUUAUGAUAGACUAUCAGCAUUUGGCCUUAUGUUGUUUCUCAUUUUCAAGCAAUAAUCUUUUUUCAUUUCUCCUGCAAUGCCAUGGAAAUUUAUAUACUUUUUUGUUAUUCAGUUUUGACAAUGACA